AUGCUUCCCUUGAGACUGAGAGGCACUCGUUGCAUUCGAACACGUUAUGUCUGCUCCUCGUGUUGCGCUCAUAUCUCCCAGGGCACAAGCGCCCACGGUCGAGUGGCCGCCGUAACUCGAACCUAUGCGACCGGGAAGACGACCGGGAAGAAGAAGACAGCCGCUACAACUCCUGGGAAGUCUUCAGAGGAUGUGAAGCCUUCUGACGCCACGGAAAACUCAAGCCCAACACAGCCUCCGCAAGCAGACAAAUCGACACCUCUCAAAGAGCAGAAAGUUAAGGCCAAAGAGGGCGAGAAACCAGCGCACCAAAGAAAGAAGAAAGCGCCGAGUCCGUCCAAGGCCAGUAAGGACGAAACUGCGCCAGCCGCCGCUCGCUCAAAGAAAACCGAUGAGACAGCCAAACUGUGGCAGGAAACACUCGAUAUUCUGAAGAAUCUCCAACAAACACAAGACGUCGAUGGAGGGGCCCUGGCGAAUGAAGCUGCUUCGAAGGAAGGGGCUGGCAAGAAGGACGACGCAGACACGAAACGGUCGCUAAAGUCGCAUUUCCCGCCAAUACAAAGCGCUCCGUCCAACAAGGCCAGAGAGAGACAGGCCAAGCUGCUCGAAGGGACUCUGGACGUCCUCAAGAGCGUGCUGACAACCCAGGCCGGCCAGGGAAGCAAAGCGAGCAAGACAGCCAAAAUUACAGAGGCCCCUAGUCCCAAGGCGAAACCCGAGCGUAAGCAGACGGUGAGCAAAGGCGCCAAGGAAGAAGGCAAGAAAUUGCCAUCAAACAAGUCAGUGACUUCUGAGGCUGCUGUGGCUCAAGGCUUUGCUGCUUUAUUACAUAGCACCCAAGCGAAGAAGAAGGCCGCUCAGGAGAGAGACUCCAAAGGUGAUAGCGUGGAGAAGGGCCCGCUUGCGCCCAAGAGGCCCAAGAAAGAAGGUGAACCAGGCAAGGGCGGCGACGCGGGUUGGGGGUUCAGGAAAGAAACCAGGAAUGUCAAGAAGGUGAAGACCAAAAAUGUAGGGCUCGAACCUGUCCACGUUGACACAGCACCAGUCCCUCGUGUGGAAUACGGUCUCGACCGUGUACUGUUCAACGAAGGUGUCUAUGUGUUGCAGGACCCUCGCACAAGAGUGUUCAACUUCGAUCCCUACCUCGCAACCAUCAUGCCUGUGGACGAAUUCGACUUCGAAGCCUUGAAGCAAUAUGUCACCUCCUCCAAAGACACGACGCUGAUCGGGGUGGCUAAGAAGCACAACAAGAAGUUUACGGGAUCCACGUCUAGCAUGACCUCGACAUUGGCACAUUUCCACUACUUGCUCUCGUCGUGGAGGCCCAUAAACCCUGAGCGCAUCUCCAAGGGUUAUACACCUGACAGUGAGAACUUCGGCGCAAUCCUCAGGGCACCCGCGGCGACGUUCUUGCAUUACAAAGAUGGCACUUAUGCCAUCGAUGCGGACAAGGAGUACGACACAGACACCAUCCUCAGCAUGCUCGGAAAGUCCAUGGAGAAGCUCCUCACCGCCCCGAAGGAAGAGUACGAGAAGUACCGCCGGUCCAAUUCGCACCAGCUCACGGAGGAGGAACGCAACGCGAUGAGUCAUAUCAUUACACAACGUGUGUUCGACCUGAAGACAAGGGCCGUCGUCAGCAUCCGCAUGGAUGCCCAAAAUCACCACAAGGGUGUCGGGUACGAGAUCCGACAGAGGCAGGGGCAAUGGGAGUCGUUCGAGCGGGAAUACUACGACAUGAUCCGCCUCGCAUUCCUCAAGUACUCUUUGCAAGUUCGCAUGGGUCGUAUGGAUGGUAUCUUUGUUGCGUACCAUAACACACAGCGUAUAUUCGGCUUCCAGUACAUCCCUCUCGAGGAGAUGGACCUGUCUCUUCAUGGCACCACGGACCUGACGACGGGCAACCGGGAGUUCAUGGCCAGUCUUGAGUUAUGGGAGGAAAUGCUGAAGAAGGCGACGGAGAGAUUUCCCGGAAAGUCGCUUCGGAUCCACGUGGAGACGAGGACCUCCACGGUCGUCCCAUUCAUGUAUUUCUUUGCCGAGCCCGUCAACGACGACGAGAUCAGGGCUAUCCAGGAAGAAAACAAGGAGGAAGCUGAAAAGUUCCAAGAAAGAGUCCUUGGUAUCAAGCCCAAGCCAGACGCAGCGGCGGAAGCGGCGAGAGAAGAGCCUGAAGAAGACGAGGAGGCUUCGGCUGGCGAGGCUGAUGCAGCUGAGGAUGAAGCAGCGUCCAAGGAUGAAGCUGUUGAGGAGGCGAAAGAGGCUGAGGAGGACGUUCAAGAGGUCGACGAGGAGGACAGCGAGGACGUGUGGGAGGAUAUGAUGGAUGUCGUCGAGCAGACUAUGGAGAGCGACGCUCAAGGAAUCUCGGCGAUUCGCGAUGCCAUCGAGGAUGCCCUCGAGCAGAGUGGACUCCUGCAUGCAAGGUCCUCCGAGGAGGCUGAGCAAUAUGUGGAGGCGCUUCUGAAGGCCAUUGUCGACGUCGACGCCGAGAAGGUCAAGACAGACGAUGAGGCCGAGGCUCCUGAGAGCGAGAGCGAGAGUUCUGGGGAGCAGAAGCAAGAUCACGACGUGCGCCCCGCUGAGAGUACCGACACCGUCGAACAGGGCGACAGCAGCCCUCCGGCACCGAAACCGUCGCGUUUCGGCUUCCUUUCCAGCUGGUUUGGCUCCGGCGCCAAGGAGGCAGACGCACCGGCCAAGCUAGAACCGACGUCGGAAACAGGGCCAGACAAGGACAUUAACACGUUGCCUGAACAAGAUCUGGCGCCCAAGGAUGACGCCGCAGAGCCAGCUGCCACAGAGAGCAAGGCUGCAGACGACAAACCGGAUGACAGCCUGAAGGACCUCCUCAUAAAGUUGACCACACGCAUCGGAUCUUCCAUCGACGCUCAGAAGGCAACGGAAGAGCUGUCGGAGGACCAGGCCAAGCUGCGGAAGUUCGAGAGCAUUCUGUUGGAGAUGAUGCCGAAGACGCAGGAGGCACCAGCGGACGCAGCAGCGGAAGAGGAUGCGGCAGCGCCCAGCGACGCGGACAAGGGGACCGCUGAGGACACGCCUGCGCCGGGCGACGGGGGGGAGCCCGCGGCCAAGCCGGUACUGGGCCUGGUCCUCACGGUCCGCAACAAAGUCAACACCAAGUACGUGCAGCGGCCGGAGAAGCUGACCGCGUCGGACAAAUGGAACGUCGAGUACACGAUCGAGGAGUUGCCCGGGGACAAGGUGCAGGGCGUUUACCAGGCGCUCAAGAAGCGGCGGCACGGCGCCCACUUCAAGGACCCCGGCAGGGACCGCUUCAGGACGGCGUUCGACGGCCUCCUCACGCACUACAGCAAGGCAGGCCAGCAGUUCAGGAGCAAGGAGACGAAGCUCGCGCGGAAGCUGCCGGUGCACGUCGUCGGGCAGGUUCAGCCGGUGUCGCUGCCCAGCAGCGGGACCAGCCCCGGCGGCGACCUUCCCACUUCCGGCCGGGCCACCCGCAAGACCAAGGUGCAGAGGUUCAUGCCUCCGGAGGAGGAAAAGCAGCGCCUCGAGGAGGAGAAAAAGCAGCGCCUCGAGGAGGAGAAAAAGCAGCGCCUCAAGGAUGAGGCAUUGAAGAGGCUGCAGGCGAAGGGGAAAACGCGGUUCAACCUGGGUGAGGGGUGGGCUCGUCCGCACCAGCCGGAGGUGAUGAAGCUGCAGGCGGAGGGGAAGACGCCAUUCAACCUGGGCGAGGCGUGGCUUCGUCCGCAGCAGAGGAGGAACGAGAUCAUUGAAGGUACGAACGAGGAAAACACGAAAGAUCGAAAGAAAUUCAGUGGUAUGAAGAGGCUUUCUCUGGCGGGAGAGGAAACAGCGACGAAGAAUGAGUCGUUGGUGGAAGAGGAGGCCACGGUGGAGGUGGUCGAGAACGGCUCGGCGUCGUUCCGGGAGUGGAGGGAGAGGGACCAGCAGAAGCAGGACAAGGACGAGGAGCAGGAGAAGGAGAAGGAUUCAUGA